AUGUCAGCCAUCAACCAGAAUGCACCGCGCAUGCGUCGUCACAAGCGACGCAUCCUCGACGACGGCUCCGAGCUCGCUCACGCCGUCCGGGCCUUUGUCGACGACCAAAUCCAUGACAACGCCCUCUUUGCCCGUCAGGCUGACGGCGCCAACGGCAUCGGCCCUGGCAGAGGCUCCAAUGCUCCUCCCUUGGGCGUCGGCGGCCUCGGCGACGACGGCACUUCGUCCACCGACAGCAGCAAUGCCACCCCCACCACCACGCGUGGUUCCAACGGCAACGGCAACGGAAACAGCCGUCCCACUCCUACCGCCACCUCCACCUCGCUCAGCCGAAACCUCUUUCCCACCACCACUUCGUCUUCCUCGUCGUCCCCUUUCCUAGGCGGCAUCCUCGGCGGCUUGCCCGACUCGUCGUCUUCCACCUCUUCCACCACCUCCUCGUCCUCCACUUCGACCUCCUCCAGCACAAGAUCCACAUCCACUUCCUCCUCCACCAGGUCCACAUCCUCCUCCAGCUCCACUUCUUCGGUUAGUGUCCAUUCUGACAGCGAGACAGCCACACAGCAGCAGCAGCAGCCACAGACCACCUCGGAAAGGAACGACGACGACACAUCGACGCGCAACGACUCUUCUUCGUCCUCGACUUCGCUCGUGCCCAUCACCGCCACCGCGGUGGUCACCUCGACGCCGACGGCGAGCAUCGCUUCGGCCACCGCAUCCGCAUCGCCCAAGUCGUCGUCGUCGUCCGCUGGCCCCAUCAUCGGCAUCGUCGCCGGUGCGCUCGUGGGCGUCGUCGUGCUCUCGGGUCUGGUCGGCUUCCUCUUCAAGAAGUACAAGUCCAAGGAGGACCCGUACGAGGCCAACCCCUUUGACCGCGACGCCUUCCAGCGCCACUCGGCCAUGAUCCCGGACCACUUUGACUCGGACGACGGCCACGCCGGCGCCGGCGGCAUGUCGCCCGAGAUGUCCGAGCACUACCAGUACAACAACUACGCGCCCCAGUACGAGUCGGGCAUCAGCGCCGGCGCCGCGGGCGCCAUGGGUGCCAUGGCGGUGCAUAACGAGGGCGGCCCGCGCCCACCCACCAUGUUCGCCAAGCACGCCGCGGGCGUGCAGCAGAACGCCCCGCAGGUGGGCGGCUACUACAAGGACGGCGACUAUGCCAACCAGAUGCCCGCCAUGCCGCCGCACUCGGACUACCAUGCACCGCCCACUGCGGCGUUUGCCAACCACCACGCCGCUGAGCACUACCUCGAGGAGCCUGGAUUCGGACAGCAGCGCAGCGUGUCGCCUGCGCCGCAGCUGCCGCCGCUGGCGGCGUUUGGCGGCGACCCGUACUCGAUCGCCGGUGUGGGACGCGGUCAGCAGCAGAACGUGGCGAACCCGUAUGCGCACCUCGACCGCUCGCACGCCGGCAUGGGCGGCUUUGUGCCCGGCGCCGUCGUCCCCGGCCACGCUGGCUCGGCCUCCGUGUCGUCCGGUGGCGACUCGGCGGACCGCCACGCAUCGAUCAGCGCCGCCGAGGCGCUCGCUGCGGGUCUGGCGCACCAGUCGUCGCUCAACCGCGCGGCGAGCCCGCACCACGCCGCCACCCACGACACGGCCGGUCGACCUAGCACGUCCGAGGGCCGCUCGGGCACUCCGGACAUCCCCAACGUGCAGCAGACGUAUGCUCUGCCCGGCGACGUGGCUGGUGCCGCUGGAUCGCACCGCAUCAGCGCAGGCUCGCAGGACAUGCUCUCGAACGCCGCCACCUCGCCCGUGGGCGCCAUGAGGAAUCCCUUUGACAACCCGGCCCCGCACCAUGCGCCCCAGCACCACUACGCCGAUGCGAGCCAGCAGCUCCAGGUGCGCAACCUCGUCCCCGCCAACGCCGGCCUCUCUGCUGGCCAGAGACCCGUCUCGACCGCAAGCUCGUUUGCCGACCCCGAAGACGCCUACGGCGGCGUCUACUAA